AUGGCGCCCAUGGGAUCUCGUAAGAGAAUAAAGCCCAGCCCGUCGAACACGGAGUCGCAAUCUACAACCUCAUUGAGUGGCGAGACUAUCUCAUCUUCAGCAGGGAAUCAGCGCCUCAACUCGCAGAGGCAAGGCGGCGGUAAUUGGUAUCCUGCUCUUUGGCCUGCUGUCUCUAAAUCAUCCAAAGCCGCACCUGUUACCGAGGUUGCCCGCGAAAGCAUUUCGGCUGCUAAAAAUGUAGCACCAAGCAUAAUCAAACCGUCGGAUCCGAUUUUUAAACCUCCAAAGCAACACAGACAUCCUUCGCUCCAGCUCACGAAGAGAGAGGGUGUUUCAACCAGAUCUCUCCCCGCAGACGCCACGACAACCAAAAUCAACAUUGCCUCCGAUGGUUCUACAUCCAGCCCUACAUUGGACUCUCAGCUUGACUCUGCUGGUUCAGCAACAAACCUUAGUGGCAAAGAAGAAACAAGUGACGAAAUUGCAGUGACUGCGGCGGACCAGAAUAAAGGACAACCACAACCCACAACCGAGACAUCGGCGCCGGAUACAGUUACCGAAGCAGGGGAAACAAGUCAGACCCAGGCACCUCCAAAUCCAGCUGCUGGCUGGUUUUCAUGGUUCUACACGUCGACUGCGGUGGUAGAUACCCUUAGUGGCCCUGACCCAGCACCUACACCCGAAAUUGAAAGCACUCAGACGGAACCGAUCACUGCGGCCCAGACGCCCAAGGACAGCGAAGAUACGUCGGGUGAUCAAGUGGCAGAAACGCCAAAUGACCCCUUGCCAAAUACAGAAAGUGCUGCGCCCAGCCAAAAGCGAACCUGGUUCCAAAUGUGGUACGGCUCAUCAGCGCCAUCGCAAGGGUCGGAACCACCCAAGCCUGAAUCACCGGACAGCAACCAACAUAGCGAAUCCAAUGAGUCCAAUGAGCCACCUCCCGCAGCAGAAGAGCCUGUUCAUGACGCUGAGCCUACAGUAGUGGCCUCAGGGCCAGAACAUGCAGAAUGCGGGAGUACCAAUGGCCAAAGCAAUACAGCCGUAAAAAAUGCUAGGUCUUCUGGUUGGUCAUUUUGGUUCAGGGAUACAUCUCACAGUUCGGUUCAAGAGCCAUCCCCGGAUGUUCAGUCAGUCGAAGUCCCUCCUGUGCAGGACAUUUCAUGCAAGGGGCUUCAAAAUGAACCACAUGCAGAGGCAAAGGUGGAACAGAAAGCAGAACCCGCCAAAAAAGGGACUGUCAAAAUCAAGACUCCCAAAAGCAGUGCUGCGGCCACUGACACGAUCCCCUCUGAUUCACAAACGCUUCCAGAUGCUUUAACAUCAAAACCACCUGAGGCUGCUGCCUCAAAACAUCUCCAGAGAGUACUACCCAAUCAGGUAUUGCCACAUUUUUCAGAUACUUUUGCUAUUAAAGAAACGCCAUCGCUUUUGCAAACAAUCGGUCGGUUUUUGCAUUACCAGAAGGGGACCGACAGCAAGUAUGUUCACAGGAUCAGAGAUCCACCCCGCAUCAAGAGAGCAUUGGCUAUUGGAGUACAUGGAUACUUUCCUGCUCCUUUGAUAAGGUCAGUUCUCGGUCAACCAACUGGUACUUCAGUCAGGUUUGCCACCAUGGCAGCUGCUGCCAUACACAAGUGGACAGAAAGUCACGGGUAUGCAUGUGAGAUCGAAAAGAUUGCUCUGGAGGGUGAAGGCCGCAUUGCGGAACGUGUGGACCUCUUGUGGAAGCUACUUCUCAACUGGAUGGAGGAGAUACGGAAGGCCGACUUCAUCUUAAUUGCCUGUCACAGCCAAGGUGUCCCAGUUGCGAUUAUGCUGGUUGCGAAGCUCAUUGCUUUUGGCUGUCUGAAUGCUUCUCGUGUCGGCAUAUGUGCCAUGGCCGGUGUCAAUAUGGGCCCGUUCUCUGACUACAGAUCUCGAUGGAUUAGUGGCUCUGCUGGCGAGCUGUUCGAAUUUGCCCUCCCCUACAGCCAAGUAUCCAAAGAUUAUGAAGCGGCACUGAGGUGUGCCCUCAACUUUGGGGUCCGGAUUUCAUACGUUGGAAGUAUUGACGACCAGCUAGUAUCCCUGGAGUCAUCUCUGUUUUCUCCCGUUAUUCAUCCAUACAUCUACCGAGCGGUGUUUGUGGAUGGCAGAGUCCAUGCACCAAGCUUCCUCUCACAUCUCGUUGGGUUCGUCCUUAAGCUGCGAAAUCUCGGGAUAUCGGACCACGGCCUUAUUCGAGAACUGAGCUCUCCACUAGCAGGAAGCCUUUACUCCGGCGAAGGCCACUCGCGCCUUUAUGAUGACGAAGCUGUUUAUCGACUGGCAAUCGAAUUUGCUCUGGAAACCUCCAGUGUUAACGGCGCCAGCCUCGACAUCAGAAGAAGCCAUCCCUCACAACCAGCGAACCCUUACAUACUCCCAUUUGCCAUGCGAGGUCUUCUCGAGGAGGAAUAUGUUCGCCGCGAGCUCUACGAAGAAACGAUGCAGCUAUUAAGGCAGUUCGAUGAUUGGAAACCUGCUAGCAAAGUUCUGAAGGAUGUCAAGUUCAGACUUGAAGGCAUACGGUCUAAACUAUGA